GCAUAUUUUAAAAUAAAUCUCGUUAUCCCGCCAAAAAAUUGCAAAAGAAGAAGAAAAAAAAAUGUCGUCUGGAAAUAAUCACGAUAAUGAAGAGCGUAGCGGCCGUCUGGCCGUGAAAUCGCACCGACUGGACGGGUUGGACAUUGAGCAGGACACGAAGACGGGAGCGGCUGGUGGGGCGUUCGAUCCUGCGCAGUCGAACAACAAUCGAACUGCUCCCGGCUUUGGCUGUCCCUUGAAGACGAGCGCUGCAGUGACGGAAGGAGUUGUUGUCAGAGUGGGCACCAGUUGUGCUCCUGCCGCCGGUGCUGCUGGUGUCAAAAGCGGGCCAGCGCCGGUCAGUUUGUCUCAAAUUUUGCAGCGCACCGGCGCCAGCGGUAGUAGUCAUCAACAUUGUGGCAACGUCAGUGGUAGUGGUGGUCACAGUAGUCAUAGCAGUGGCAUCACCAACAGCAGCAGCAGCAGCAGCAGCACCAGUGGCAGUGGCGGUGGUGGUGGUGGUGGUGGCGGGGGCGGCGGAGGAGCACCUCCUGCAGUGGGAGUCAGCAGUCAGGCUCCGUGCGAACGGGCGGCAAGUCACCCGCCCGCUCACAUUCCGUCCCAUCACCACACGUCGUAUUAUCAGUACGGCAUUAAAGGAGUCAGUCAGGCCCAGCCUGGCCACCACGGCUAUCAACCCAAUUUCACGUCGUCUAUCGCCGGUGUCCGAAUUAUGGGCCACGGGGCGUCUUGCCUGACGGGCUCGGCCGCGCCCGCCUCCUCGUCGUCGACCAACAAUUGCAGUGUCAGUUCCUUUACGCCACUUCAACGCAAUCAGCCGGGCCAGCAGAAAGCACCGACGACGACGGCGGCCGCUUCGAGUUUGACACCGUCUACGGUUACGACGACAACGACGGCCACGCCAUUGUCCAUCAACAUGAGCAGUGCAGCUAAUAAUUCGAACGCUCACGCAGCGGCCAGCGCGGCGGCUGCCGCUAAAAACGUGCCCGAAGAUUACCAAUACCUGUGCAAUUUGGUGCCGGAGCUCAAGACGGAGUUGAAGGAGCGCGAAUCGAGGCUCGAUCUCUAUCAGACGGAGACGCUGGAACUGAAGCGACGUUUGAAAAAAAGAGACGAGGAAAUCGGGCGGCUUCAGCGAGAAAUUCACAAGCUCAAGAGCGUUUUGCAAGCCACAUCUCGGGGCCAACAGGAUGGCAGCGAGUCGUCGCUGCAAUCGGGAAUCAGCGGUCUGGCAAUAACGAAUAACGGCCAACAGCCACCUUCAUCGCUGCAAUUGCCCGGCUUGUUUGCCAAACGUCAGGGUGUCUCGGGAGAGAGCUCCGACUUGCACAACCACCACAAUAAUCACCAUGGACAUCACGGCAACCAUCACAACCGGUUGCCUCUCACGGCCAACAAUCAGCAACAGCAAGCCGACAUUUCCCUCUUGGUCACCUCUCACGAUAAAGAUUUCCGAGCCAAACAACUGAUCAAGGAUGCUGUUAUGGAGAAUGAUUUCCAAAAUCUGGACGCCAGUCAGGUCCGUGAAAUCGUCGAAUCCAUGUACCCGCGUGAGUUUGAAAAGGGUAGCUACGUGAUCCGCGAAGGAGAUGCUGGAUCGCAUUUGUACGUGUCGGCCGAAGGGGAGCUGGAAGUCAUUCAGGGUGACAGAGUGCUCGGCAGGAUGGGCCCGGGUAAAGCGUUUGGUGAAUUGGCCAUCCUUUACAACUGUACGCGGACAGCAUCCAUCAAAGCCGUGACGAGUGCCAAAGUAUGGGCACUGGAUCGCCGCGUCUUCCAGCAAGUGAUGAAGAAGACGGGCUUGCAGCGCAUCGACGACAACCUGAAAUUCCUGCGCAGCGUUCCGCUCUUCGAGCGCCUCACCACCGAUCACAUGUCCAAGAUUGCCGACGUCCUCGAAGUGGAAUUCUACCCAGCGGGGACGUACAUCGUACGGCAAGGCGGUCGCGGUGACAAUUUCUUCAUCAUCGCUAGCGGACGGGUCCAGAUUACACAACGACUGCCCGGCAAGUUGGAAGAAGAAGAAGUGCGCAUAUUGGAGAAUGGCGAUUACUUUGGUGAACAAGCGCUCUUAAGAGAAGAAUGUCGUAGCGCUAAUGCGAUCGCCCUAGCACCGGGCGUCGAGUGCCUCACCCUCGGCAGAGACUCGUUCAUCCAAUUAAUUGGGGAUCUGAGCGAACUGCGCGGCAAGACCUACGACGACGAAUCGCGCGGCUUCUCUUCCGGCUCCAGCUCCGUCAGUAGCCGGCCAGGCGACAGCGGCAUCCCUCCAUUGACUUCGGAGUACGCCCAGGUGAGACUGGGCGACCUGGACGUGGUGGCCACUUUGGGCAUCGGCGGUUUCGGCCGCGUCGAACUCGUCCAGUGCGCUUACGACCGGUCCUUAACCUUUGCCCUCAAGUGCCUCAAGAAACAGCACAUUGUCAACACGCUCCAGCAGGAGCACAUCUACAGCGAGAAGAACAUAAUGAUGUCCUGUCGGAGUCCCUUCAUAGCCAGAUUGUACAACACGUACCGGGAUAACAAGUACGUCUACAUGCUAAUGGAGGCCUGUCUGGGAGGCGAGCUGUGGACGAUCCUGCGGGAUCGCGGCCACUUUGACGAUGCGGCAACGUGUUUCUACACGGCUUGCGUUAUUGAAGCCUUUGAUUACUUGCAUUCGCGCAACAUCAUUUACCGCGAUCUCAAGCCCGAGAAUCUUCUGCUAGACAGUCGCGGCUAUGUCAAACUGGUGGAUUUCGGCUUCUCGAAAUUGUUGGGCGUAACCAGCAAGACGUGGACUUUCUGCGGGACUCCCGAGUACGUCGCACCUGAGAUCAUCCUCAACAAAGGUCACGAUCGGGCUGUCGACUAUUGGUCUUUGGGCAUUCUCAUCUUUGAAUUGCUGACGGGAACGCCUCCGUUCACUUCUCCGGAUCCCAUGAAGACGUACAACAUCAUUCUCAAAGGCAUCGACCAGAUUGAAUUCCCGCGUAUCGUCAGCCGAGCAGCUCAAGCUUUGAUCAAACGCCUGUGCCGCGAAGUGCCUGCCGAACGGCUCGGCUACCAGCGAGGCGGGAUUGAUGACAUCAAGAAGCACAGGUGGUUUCAAGUGUUCGACUGGGAUGGCCUGUCUAAUAGGACCUUGGCAGCACCUAUUACACCUGUGGUGCGUGGCCCAGCUGAUGCUUCCAAUUUUGACACCUACCCCAAAGAGAAGGAAUUGCCGCCAGACGAGCUCUCUGGUUGGGAUGUCGAUUUCCAGUUGUGCAAUUGAGAGUUUGACAACAUAAAAAACUACACACACAAGUUCUCCAAAACUACACGUCACCGUACACACACACACGCGAAUGCAGAAACACAUAGACACACGACACACAUACACAAUGGUUCGAGCAAAAAGAAAGAAAAAUGCAACUUUGUUUUUGGCCUAGGCGCGGAAUUCGAUUAUUUUCGAUCGCAGCACAACAUCUAAUUUCUCUUGCGUGAAAAAAACGAUUGGUAUAAUUCGGUUGUUUUCGUCUCUUUGGCAUCUCGCCCUUCUUUUUUUCUAAAAUUGUUUUUUUAAACACAGAAAAUAUGUAGAUAUUACUAUUAAUUAAUUAUUAUCACAUAAGCUGCUGAGAAAGGGAGAAAAAAAAAAGGAGUUUUGACACCACCGUUUGUUCCUCAAGUGCCUCUCCUUUUAAUUCGCAUUAUUAUUAAUAUAUUAUAACACAACUUCUUUUUUUUUCUUUUUUUUUAACUGCUGUUGCUACAAUACUGACGCUGCUCUUCUUUGUUGAGCUGUUAUCAACUUGUUUGUUGAAAAUGAUUCUUUUCCAUCUUUCAACCACCCUACACGUUUUCAGCAGCGAGUAGAGCCGUAACUGGCGUAUAUUGAAACGGAAAAAAAAAAGACAAAAAAGAAUUCCUACUUUUCAAUGUGUGCGUAUGUGUUUUCUUUUAGUUUCCACCACUUCUUCUCAUUCAUUUUUCCAAUACUUCAUCUUCACGGCAAAAGCAAUCUUCUCCUCCUACUCCCCCCCUGGCCGCCCUACUAUUCUUUCUGGGAAGGAAAUGGGAAAAAAGAAAUUUUUCUUCUUCGUCUAAACCAUAAAUAAUGUAUACAUGUUUGUGUACUCUUAUUACACAUUCACAAUUUGCA